CCAAGAGAAUAUCAAUUAUAACACACAGUGCUAAACUCGCUUACAAGUUAUAACACGCUCGCUAAAAUAUAAAACGACGAAGCAGAUAAUGAAAUAAUAAAAAAACAUACAUAUUGGAAAUAAAAACGAGAGAAAAAAAAACACGAAAGAAAAAAAAAACGAUCAGAAACCAGCUCUUGAAGAGUGUGUAUCGAGCACAUAAAAUGCGAUUUACGUUGGCAUUUGUUCGAGAAACAACAACAACAGUAAUUUUAUAGCUUUCGGCCCAGUCCGUAAACGAUCUCGCAGUCGUCAUGGAAUUAUAUGUGUUGUGUGUUGUGUUGUAUGUGCGAGAGCCAGAAGCCCGACUCAACUUUUCAUCUCUCGUUCAAAUUGCUUGUUUUCAUUAACCAGUUGAGAGUUGAACGCAGAAUAAACAGCAUCCAUUUUUAUCUCAUUUGUCGUCGAAACAAAACGACAUACAAAAAGUUGAACACAACGAAAAAAAAUCAUAGUCAAACCCGUGAACAACUCAGACACAAAACACAGUGUAUAUCGUUAUUCCACACACAUAUAUAUGAAAAUAAUAUUCGUGGACCAAAUUAAGAUAGAUAAAAGCAUCGAUCAACUUUUGAUUAACCAGAACUACAAACAAAUUUCGUGUGUGUACAUGUGAAAAAAACGAAGCCAAUAAUAAAGAAAAUAUUAUAUAUAAAUAGUUGAAACGACUCACGAUAGUUAUUUCAUUAAAUACAUAACAUUAUUAACAUAUUUCUAUGUUAACGGUAUCUCGGUGUGUUCAGGCAAAAAUCACCAAACAUCGCCACAUCGCAUACAGUUUGCAAUAAAAUGAAAAAUUAAUAAAAUCGAAAGAAAUACGAUCGUUUAACAUGAAACUGUCGGUUUGCAAUUGGACAAAGUCGAAACAUAGUCACAUUGGCAAAGAGAGAAGUACUCAGUGUAUGUGUAUCAAACGGCAAUUUAUGAUUAUAAUUAGUCACAUAAAAAAAUUGAGUUAAUUCUUCGCCGGGACAACGCAUUUCUAUUCCAAAAGGAAACAACCACAAAAAAAAUACAUAUCCGCGACAAUGAAUUUAAAACAACGCAUUGAAUUGUUUUCGAAAAAACUGCUUAAAAGCUAAGUGACAUUCAACAUCAUUCGCCAUCCAUAAAUUUCCUUUUGAAUAUCAAAGGAAGAGAGAGAGAGAGAAAGAGAAUAAACGAGUCCAAAAGACAAUUAAUUAUUGACAUUGUAAUAACUAUCAUCACGGUUGAUGAGAUCAUUUCUCACAACACAAAGAUCGCCUGUCCACGAAGAAGAAGAAGAAGCAGCAGUUGCAGAAGAACCAAAUUCAGAAUUUGCAUCCGAUUUUUGCGGCGUUGCGUUUUAUGUAUUUCCACGAAUUUCGUCAUAAAUUUAAAAGGUGCAAGCGAUCAUGCAGGCGUAUAUAUAUCUAAUCGUUUUGCUAGUGACUUUACAGUGUUCUGUACGGGCCGCUGGCUCAGAUACAAUCACAACAACAGAAACUCCUAUACACACAACGGAUAGUGUAACACAGCAAACAGAGAUCACCACUUCACCUACACAUUUAGACAAUAAUUUAAUAGAUAGUGAUAGUAAACAAAUAAAUGAAAAUGAGGCGAUCGAGCCGCAUUUCAUCGAAACAGCAUCAACGGAAGAGUCAACGGCGCCAGAAUCAAAGCCAACACCAGUGAUGGAUCAUGAAACACAAAUCAAAGUUGAAAAGAAUUUGCUCACAUUAUUCGGACGAUCAAAACGGCCCAAACCAAUUGAUCGAACAAAAGUUGUCGUACCGGAAAAUAUGAAAAAACUGUACGCCGAAUUGAUGGGCGACGAUGAACGCGAAUCGGUAAAUUUACCAAGACCAGGAUUAUACACAAAAUCAGCAAAUACUUUACGAUCUUUUACACAUGAAGAAAGUAAAAUUGACGAAAAAUUUGUGCAUCAUCAUCGUUUUCGGUUCUAUUUCAAUGUGACCUCGAUACCGAAAAGUGAAACAUUAAAAGCGGCCGAAUUGGAAAUUCAACGUGAUCCAAUUGCGGAUGAAAAGAAUUUACAGCAAAAAGUGCUCGUCUAUGAUAUUGUGCGGCCGGGUAUUAAGGGUAAAACUGAACCGCUAUUACAUCUCAUCGAUACAAAAACGGUUCAAAUCAAUGGAUCAAAUGCAAUUAGUUUGGAUGUAAAAUAUGCGGUCGAUCGAUGGUUAGCAAAUCCAAAUGAAAAUUAUGGCAUUUUGGUAGAAGUGGUGGUUGGUCGUCAACAAUUACCGCCAGCACAGCGUCACAUUCGAUUACGAAGGAGCGUCGACGAUUCGGAUGAUAAGUGGUCAAAAGUGCAACCAUAUUUGAUGACAUAUUUGGAUGAUGGCCGUUAUGAUCAGCGUGUUAUUAAUCGCGUGAGACGCAAACCAGGUUCAUCACGACGAAACCAUAAGCGACGCGAAGGACGUGAAUUAUGCCAACGUAAACCGCUUUACGUUGAUUUCAGUAAUGUUGGCUGGAGCGAUUGGAUUGUAGCGCCAGCCGGUUAUGAUGCAUAUUAUUGUCAUGGUGAAUGUCAUUUUCCAUUUGCCGAUCAUUUGAAUACAACAAAUCAUGCGGUCGUACAAACACUUGUGAAUUCAAUAAACAGCGAUUUAGCGCCAAAAGCUUGUUGCAUACCAACACAAUUAAAACCGAUAUCAAUGUUAUAUUUGGAUGAUCAAAAUAAAGUCGUUCUAAAAAGUUACCAAGAUAUGGAAGUUGUUGGUUGCGGAUGCCGGUGAAAUAAAAGAAAAAAAAAACCGGCCAAAAUCAUCAUUGAUCAAAUUGCAAAAAAAGAAUAAGCAUAUCGAACUGAAAAAAAAAACAAUAAGAUUUAAAUUAAACCAAAUUCUCAAUUGAAUUUGAUCACAUUUCAAAUGGGACUUUUAUUGUUUUUUUUUGCAUCGAACGAACGAACCGAACCGAACCAUCCAUCAUCAUCAUUUCACUCUGACUUAUUGAACUGAGACAUUAUCACUAGUUGAUAUUCGCACAUUUCUCACAAUUCACUCGCGUUUGUAUGCAUAUUUUUAGUGCGUCUAACGUUCAUGAAAAACAAAAUACCGGCCAUAAAACAAACGUGAUACCAUUUUUUAAAUAUAUAUGGAAUAAACGUUGGCAAUCCGAUUGAAUUGUGCGAAUUCAAAUCUCUUGUUCAUAAAACACACUCCAACCGGCAUAACAAUAAUGACAUUUUGAUAUUUAUAUAUUUUGUAUAAAUUGAAUCUUAAUUGUUAUUAAAACCACCGAAUCAGUUAAUGCUCAAAGUUAAAUUAACCAAGUGAAUUGAACUGAUUUCGUAUUGAAAAGAGUGAUGGAAGAUAAGAUUGGAAGAACGAAAUCGUAGCUCGUUUGUAUCGCUUAAUAAUGUCGCUAAAUAAAAUACGCAAUCUAAGAUGAAUAAUAACAACAACAACAAAUAACAACCACGAAAUUGAACGACAUAAAAAUGACCCGCGUCUACCGUGUAGCUUUAUAACCAAAUCGGCUCAGCCAAAUAAAUGAUUAAUUUUAGUUUGUAGCACAUUUAAAGAAGAAGAAGAAAAAAAAUGAAAAUAAAUUACGAAAUGCUCACGAGCAUUGGAAUCAUUGUAAAUUUCGAAUCGAUGUUAUAGAUACUGAGUCAUUUCAAUAAACAUUUCAAAGAAAUUCAUAUUAAUCUAGCACACACAGAGAGAGAGAGCACAAUGUGAAACGAACUCUUUUGAAUACUCGAUUUACCGGCUUGAGAGGGUGGCAUCGCGCGGUUAUUUAAUUCAUUGGUUUCUAUUCAAUUGGCAAAGUCCCUAUUUACAUUAUCAUUUUAAUUGUGAUUAAAAAAACAAUGAAAACAACGCGAUGCACUCUCUUUACCUUCCCCCCAUCCAAAAUUGUAAUGUAAAAUAUAGAGUAAAGAAAGCAAACAAAAAUAUUGAAUAAAAUGCAUUUGGAUUAAUAGCAACCAUCGUAAUGUUAUGAUUUUGAUCGAUAUUAUACUGUAAAUAAAGAAUUGUUCAUGAUUUUGUUUCGAAUUUUGUUCGAACCUUUUUUUACGAUUUAAAUCUCAUUGAAUACGGAAAUUUUGAUUGUUCG